AGCUAAUCGGAAAUCCUAUCCUAUUUAUGUACUAGGUCAAUUCAAAGAAUAUUGAAAUACCCCCCAACAAGAACCUUGAGCGGAGAGGAGAAGCAGGAUCUCUGGAAAUUUCGUUUUUCACUGAUGUCUGAAAAGAGGGCUUUGACAAAAUUUCUGCGUUGUGUUGAAUGGAGUGAUGUUCAGGAAGCAAAGCAGGCAUUAGAACUGAUGGGCAAGUGGGAGACAAUUGAUGUUUCUGAUGCACUGGAGCUUCUAUCUUCAGUUUUUGAGAGUGAAGAGGUCCGUGCAUAUGCUGUUACUGUUCUUGAAAGAGCUGAUGAUGAAGAGCUCCAGUGUUACCUACUUCAGCUGGUUCAAGCUCUUCGGUUUGAACGUUCCGAUAAAUCCCGCCUUAGUCAUUUCCUUGUGCAGCGCUCAUUACGCAAUAUUGAGUUGGCUAGCUUUCUUCGAUGGUAUGUUACAGUGGAACUUCAUGAUCCUGCAUAUGCAAGACGAUUUUAUUGUACCUAUGAGAUUCUGCAAGAAAGUAUGCUGAAGGUUUAA